AUGAGUACAGUUUUGGAUGUUGUGAGCCAAAUUCUCAACUUCCCACAAAAUGAUGAGAAACUGAAGAUCCAUUCGAAGUCUCGUGAAACCCAUGAAACCAAGGAUGUGACUAGCAAUAGCAUCAUCCCGGUGGACAUCCUUAGUACCCCCAAGGAGUAUGUUUUCUACCUCGAUGUUCCUGGCUUAUCCAAAUCUGACAUUCAGGUGACGGUGGAAGAUGAGAACACACUGGUGAUCCGAAGUAACGGGAAGAGGAAGCGUGAGGAUGGGGCGGACGAGGGAUGCAAGUACAUUAGGCUUGAGAGGAGGCCACCUCAAAACUUACUGAGGAAGUUCCGAUUGCCUGAGAAUUGUAAUCCGUCGGCAAUUACUGCCAAAUGUGAAAAUGGGGUGCUGACGGUGUUUGUAGAGAAGCUGCCUCCACCACCCAAGUCCAAGACUGUUGAAGUUGCAAUCUCCUAG